UUUUGUUUUGGCUUAUCUCCAUCCAAAACAAACUAAUAAUAAUUAAAUACUUAUAUUGUAUUUAAUGACAAGAAGUACUUGUUAGUAGCCGCCUGGUGUGGGGUGUAUUUGAAAUUAAUUUAUUUGUUUAACAUUUUCUUCAAAAGGUUUCAGUUUAAGUUUGCCGCGUAACGGGUAAAGUUUUGUGAAAAUUUAAGAAUCAAAAGAAUUAAUAAAAAAAGAAACGAUUUAAAUAUGGAAAUGUUUUUACUGGCUAUAGCCAUUGUAGUGUUAUCAGUGUUGUUUUUUAAAGGCAUAAAAAUAUUCAAUUAUAUUGAUCAUGUAGCGGGUAUAAUGGAAAUGAUACCGGGACCCACACCCUAUCCAUUUGUGGGUAAUCUAUUUCAAUUUGGUUUAAAGCCGGAUGAAUAUCCCAAAAAGAUUUUACAAUAUUGCCGGAAAUAUGAUUUUCAAGGCUUCCGUUCAUUAGUAUUUUUUCAAUAUCAUGUCAUGCUGAGUGAUCCAGCGGAAAUACAGAAUAUGCUCUCCAGCUCCGCUUUAUUGUAUAAAGAACAUUUAUAUUCGUUUUUACGCCCCUGGCUAGGUGAUGGUUUAUUAACUAGCUCCGGUGCUCGUUGGUUAAAACAUCAAAAGCUUUAUAUGCCUGCAUUUGAUGGCCCUGCCAUCGAUGGCUAUAUGCAGGUGGUUCAUAAAACUGGCAAUAAAUUCGUAGAAAAAUUGCAGGAUUAUGCCGCAAAGGGUGAAAUGUUCGAUAUACAGCAAUUGAUUAGGAAAUGUACGCUGGAUAUUGUGUGUGAAAACGCCACUGGUAUACCCAGCAAAUCAUUGGACAAUCAACCAUCUGAAAUGCAGAAGGCCAUUAUAGACCUUUGUGAUGUUAUACAAGAACGUACUUUUAGCAUUGUUAAAAGAUUCGAUACUUUGUUUCAUUUAACACCAUAUUAUGGCAAACAAAGGAGAGCUCUGCGUUCUUUAAAAACCGAAAUCAAUCGUAUUGUGGAGCAACGAAGACGUCAAUUGCAAGCUGCCAGCGACAGCACCAGCAACACAACUGACAUGCCUGCAACUCCAGCACACUUGAAACCAUUUUUAAAUGUCCUUUUAAAGGCCAAAUUGGAUGGUAGAGAAUUGAAAACUAGCGAGAUUUUUGAAGAAAUCUCCACAUUUAUAUUCACAGGCCAUGAUCCUACAGCAGCUGCCUUAUCCUUUACUUUAUAUACAUUAUCUCGUCAUCCGGAGAUACAACAAAAAGCAUAUGAAGAACAAAGGGAAAUAUUUAAAGGAAAAACGUUAGAGGAAUUUAAAACAUGUGAGGCCUCAUUACAGCAAUUGGAACAAAUGUCCUAUUUGGAAUUGGUUUUAAGAGAGACCUUGAGAUUGUAUCCCUCGGUGCCCUUGAUAGCACGUACCAAUCGCAAGGCUAUAGAUAUCAAUGGUACUCAAAUUUGUAAGAGAACCACAGUGAUAAUGUGCCUAAUAGCCAUGGGUUAUAAUGAGAAAUAUUUCGAAGAUCCUUGUAAGUUUAAACCGGAGAGAUUCGCUAAUGUCUCUAAAGAUGAGAAUAUAGGCAUAGAGGCCUAUAAAUCGGUGCCUUUUAGUGCUGGUCCUAGAAGAUGCAUAGCUGAGAAAUUUGCCACCUAUCAAUUGAAAGCUUUACUUUCUCUAAUACUACGCCGCUAUGAGAUUUUACCCGCCCAGGAUGGUUUGCCACCCGGUAUUAAUGAUCAUUCACGCAAGGAUUGUGUACCGGAAAGUGAAUUUGAUCCGAUUUUGAAUAUAAGAGUAACUUUGAAAUCGGAAAAUGGUAUUUUAGUAAGACUUAAGGAGAGAAAGUGAAUAAAAAAAGUUUAUAAUAAGUAACAAACAAAAAAAUAGUCGGUCUAGACUCUAGAUCGAUCAUAUAACCCCAAAUCAAAUAUACUAUAAUUUAUUGAAAUAAAAAGUACAUAUUUUUCUAAAAUAUCUAAA